GGCCUUGCUACUGAGUUCUGUGGUGGUGGAACGCGCCAGCAACAAGCUGAUAAAGCCCCAGCUUUGGGUCCUGGGUCGCCAGAGCAUACCACCUCUGCCCACCCCUGGGCCUCUCCACCCCACUGCAGGCACAGUCCUUGGAAAUGUCAGUAUUCACGUGGAUGGCCCGUCCCAGCCCUGCCUCCUACUCCUUGCAAAGGGGCGUGUGUAGAAGGGGUCGUGGAAGAAGGUGGUUAUGAAGCCGGAGUGUUUCCAUGUGUAUUUUGGACGGAGGCCUCCGACGGGAGUGGACGAUGCGAGGAGGGUCCGGUCAGGGUGGACCCCGCCCAACGGCCCUCCGGACAGAGCGCCCAAAGCCCCGAGGUCCUCAGCGGGCGGGUCUUCACUCGGGCGCAGAGUCCGGGGGCAAAUGGAACUGUGGCCUGUCAGGCGCCUCCGGUUGGAUCCCUUCCCGCCGACCCGCCACACGCUCAGCCAGGCCGGAUCGGAGCGGCCCCCAUCAUGGGCUGGGGAGCCGGCGGGAGCUGCACCCCGCGCCCACCCAUCCGCCAGCAGCCGGCACCCGAAACCCGAGUGGUCGCUGUGGUCUUCCUCGGCCUCCUGCUGGACCUCCUGGCCUUCACCUUGCUGCUGCCCCUGCUACCUGCGCUGCUGGAGCGCCACGGCCGUGUGCAGGAUCCUCUCUAUGGCUCGUGGCAGCGCGGUGUGGACUGGUUUGCUGCAGCCAUUGGGAUGCCAGCCGAGAAGAGGUACAACACCGUCCUGUUCGGAGGUCUGAUUGGCUCCGUCUUCUCCCUCCUGCAGUUCCUCUCGGCACCCCUCACGGGGGCCGUCUCUGACUGCCUGGGGAGGCGCCCGGUGCUGCUGCUCUCCCUGGCAGGCUUGGCCACCUCGUAUGCCGUGUGGGCCACUUCGAAGAGCUUUGCGGCCUUUCUGGUCUCCAGGAUAAUUGGGGGCAUCAGCAAGGGGAAUGUCAGCCUCUCCACCGCCAUUGUCGCCGACCUGGGCUCGUCUCCCGCCCGCAGCAGGGGCAUGGCAGUCAUCGGGGUGGCCUUCUCUUUGGCCUUCACGCUGGGCCCCAUGCUCGGCGCCUCCCUGCCCGUGGAGACGGCGCCCUGGUUGGCCCUGCUCUUCGCGGUCUCCGAUCUGCUGUUCAUCUUCUGCUUCCUGCCGGAGACGCUGCCCCCAGAGAAGCGGGCACCGUCCAUCACGCUGGGGUUCCGAGCUGCUGUUGACCUGCUCAGCCCCCUGGCCCUGCUCUGCUUCUCAGCCGUGGCGCGUGGCCCGGACCCGCCCAUCGGAGUCAGGCUGGGCAGCCUGCGCCUGCUGGGCCUGGUCUACUUCCUCUAUCUUUUCCUGUUCUCGGGCCUGGAGUUCACGCUGAGCUUCCUCGCGCACCAGCGCUUCCAGUUCCGCAGCCUAGAGCAGGGAAAGAUGUUCUUCUUCAUCGGCCUCACCAUGGCCACCAUCCAGGGCGCCUACGCCCGGCGGAUCAGCCCUGGCGGGGAGAUCGCAGCUGUGAAGCGGGCCAUCCUGCUGCUCGUCCCCGCCUUCCUCCUCAUCGGCUGGGGGCACACGCUGCCUGUGCUGGGCCUGGGGCUGCUGCUCUACUCCUUCGCCGCUGCCAUCGUCGUGCCCUGCUUGUCCUCCGUGGUCGCCGGCUAUGGCUCUCCCGGGCAGAAGGGCGUGGUCAUGGGCACGCUGCGGAGCCUGGGCGCCCUGGCCAGGGCUCUGGGGCCCACGGUGGCCGCCUCAGGUGAGGGCCGUGCAACAGCGCUCGGGGCAUGCUGGGCGCCUGGGGAGGCCCCGCCAGGCCAGGGGACUGCUGGCCCGAGCUGGAGGCCACACAGCCCCUGCUGGCCGCCUCGGUCCCAGCCACUGAACGCCCCCCCCAGCUCAGCCCCGCCGUCUUGUGGGGCGGGGACCGUCGCCAUCACCACCCUGCUGUCUCCGCAGUGUACUGGCUGGCCGGGGCUCGGGUCUGCUACACCGUGUGCGCGGGGCUCUUCCUGCUCCCCUUCUCCCUCCUGCGGAAGCUGAGGCCUCCGGCAGGGACGCUCAAGGCCGAGUAGCUGAGCCACCCCUACCCCAGAGCCGGGCAGCUGACGCAGGGAGUGGGAGGCCUGAGCCAGGACGGCUCCCCGCCCCCCAGCCCGGGGCUCAGCCCGGGGAGGCCCAGGACUCGCACUUGUGCCUGUGACACUCCUGUGUGGACCUGCCUGCCGGGAUCAGACUCCAAAACCUUCCAGGCUUUCUGUUCACUUGUCUUUUUUAUACUCAGCGAGACACAGGGUAUAUCAGCCAAGUCUCUGAAUGACCAAAUAAAGCAGCUGUUUUGUAUCAA